AUGCUAGAUGUGGGCUUUAUGAUGAGGAAAAGAAUACUGGAAAUCAGUGCUGAAGCACUGGUUGUGUUACAUACGGGAAGCACCAACCUUUGGGGUAAUCACAGUGUUUCUGGAUACAAAGAACAAGAGCUUAAAAGUCUGGAUUGUGAGUUCUGUGCAGAUGGAGAAAUCAAAUUAUUCCCCGAUGAGGCCAAAUGUCGGAGUUUGUGCAUUGAAUCUUGGCAUGGAGCUCCAUGUUCCGCCAUUACCAAUCUGAUGGCUGACUAUUUCUGUGGAAAUGCCAGAAUCGAGCCAGACAACGUAACUUUUGCUGCUAUUCUAUCGGCUUGCAGACAUGCUGGACUUUUCAUUGUUGAUCUUUUUGAUAGUGCUGGACUUGUCGCAACUGAUAUUGUUCAAAAUAUGUCUUCUAAAACUAAUGAGUAUAUGUUUGGGAGCUCUAAAUUCAUGAUUCUUAAAUCAACCCAAACGGCCAAGUAUACAGAACUAAAGAAACCACAUACUACAAUUGCAGGGCUUAAGGAAACGCCCGAGUCCGUAACCAUCAGGUAA